ACCUGAGAGAGCUCAGUAGUCUGUAGCGAAGUGGGGAGAGACAGGAUUCCGGGCUAGAAAGGGUGCGGAAGCCUGCAGAAGAAAGCGGCUGAGUUCUGGUCGGGGUGGCGGGAGGGCACGCAUUUAAAGGGGCCAGGGCCCAGGAGCAUGUAGACAUUUAAAGGGACAGGUGCCCCAAAGAGAAGAGACACUUAAAGGUGCAGAUGCCCAAAAUAGAGCAGACCCGAGGAGCCGAGCUCGGCAGACAGAAGGCCUGUGGGCGCAGCGUGACAGCAGGCAUCAUCAUUGUUGGAGAUGAGAUCCUCAAGGGACACACGCAGGACACCAACACGUACUUCCUGUGCCGGACACUGCGCUCCCUGGGGGUCCAGGUGUGUCGAGUCUCUGUUGUACCCGAUGAGGUAGCCACCAUUGCGGCUGAGAUCUCCUCUUUUUCCAGCUGCUUCACCCAUGUCCUCAUGGCAGGGGGCAUCGGUCCCACUCAUGAUGACGUGACCUUUGAGGCAGUAGCACAGGCCUUUGGGGAUGAGCUCAAGCCACACCCUGAGCUGGAAGCAGCCAUCAAAGCCCUAGGAAGGGAGGGCUGGGAGAAGCUGGCGCUGGUGCCCUCCUCUGCCCGCCUGCAUUACGGCACAGAUCCUCGCACUGGCCAACCCUUCAGGUACCCCCUGGUCUCGGUCCGCAAUGUCUACCUCUUCCCAGGCAUUCCAGAGCUGCUGCGGCGGGUCCUGGAGGGACUGAAGGGACUGUUCUUAAACACAGCCGUGCAGUUCCACUUGCGGGAGCUGUAUGUGGCAGCUGAUGAGGCCUCUAUCGCCCCCAUCCUGGCCGAGGCCCAGGCCCACUUUGGACGCAGGCUGAGCCUGGGCUCCUACCCUGACUGGGGCAGCAACUACUACAAGGUGAAGGUGACACUGGACUCCGAAGAGGAAGCGCCCGUGGAGGAAUGCCUGGCCUACCUGACUGCCCAUCUUCCCCAGGGAUCGCUGGUCCCCUACAAACCCAACACCGUGGAGCAAGCCAGUGAGGCCGUAUACACACUCGCAGAGUCAGGGUCUUCUCUGGGGGAAAAGGUGGCAGGCGCCCUGAGGACCAUUGAGACCGCCCUGGCUCGGUACAGCCUCCCCCAGCUCUGCGUGGGCUUCAACGGGGGCAAGGACUGCACCGCCCUCCUACACCUCUUCCAUGCAGCUGUGCAGAGGAAAUGCGCUGAGGCUCAAGAACCCCUCCAGAUCCUAUAUAUUCGCAGUAUCUCCCCUUUCCCUGAGCUGGAGCAGUUUCUGCAAGACACCAUCAAGAGGUACCGUCUGCAGGUGCUGGAGGCUGAGGGCGACAUGAAGCAGGCCCUGAGCCAGCUGCAGGCACGGCACCCCCAGCUGCAGGCCGUCCUCAUGGGCACCCGCCGCACGGACCCCUACUCAUGCAGCCUCUGCCCCUUCAGCCCCACCGACCCAGGCUGGCCCUCAUUCAUGCGCGUCAACCCGCUGCUGGACUGGACCUACAGAGACAUCUGGGACUUUCUGCGGCAGCUGUUUGUCCCGUACUGUAUCCUGUAUGACCGAGGCUACACGUCACUGGGGAGCCGGGAGAACACGGUGCGGAACCCCGCCCUGAAGUACCUGGGCCCAGGAGGACAGCCCACUUACAGACCAGCCUACCUCCUUGAGAAUGAGGAUGAAGAACGCAACUCCCGCACGUGACCUCCCACCCCUGCCCUCCAGCCGGGAGCCAAGGAGGCUGUCCUGGGCGCAACCUCUCAAUAAACUGUGCCUCUCGCGG